AUGGCCACGAUUCGGAGUCCAAAGUCUGGCCGCAAAACCAUGUCGACGCCGACGAACCCUGCAGCCCCGCACUUCCUCACUCUACCCGCCGAGGUUCGCAAUCUGAUCUAUGAGCAUCUAUUCCGAACCUAUGAGAAGAUCGAGAUACAUCCUCGUGAUGAAGAAGCCACCUCUGGUUUUAGUGGUCCUACUCCUCUAACACAGCCCCCCAUCUUCUUCUUCUCAAAAGCGGAUUGUAUCUCUCUAUUCGUCUCCUGUCGUCAGGUCUACCACGAGUCGACAUCUCUACUACUGCACAGCAAUACCUGGAUCAUUCCUAGGGUUUAUCCAGCAUGGUACCAGAGACCGCGUUCGCAAAUGACUGAUUUGGCGGAUUGGAUAGAGAAACUUGGCUCCAGUGCAACAAUGCUACGAAAAGUCGUGAUCAACUGGCAGUGGACUUAUCCGAGGUUCGAUGAUCCUUGGUCAGGCUAUGAUACCAAGGAAAUGUCCGACUUCGUUCAGAUGGGUGCCUUGGUAAAGGCUCUCUGGGCAAACAAAAACGCAAAGUUUGAGAUCGAGUUUGUUAUACCCGAAGACACCAAAUAUGGGUCAUCAGCGGCACUCAACACUAUGGCUAUCAGCAAUAUCUUGUGUACACUUCGGCAAGACUCACAUGAUCUGGAGAAGUAUGGAAGCCAGAUCCACAACAUCUGCGUUGCUCGGGAUGGUUCGGAGGGCUUCGUUCAGUUCAAUCACGACUACAAAAACCCACUCGCCAUAGAGAACUCCUAUACAAGCGCUUUCUCUGUCUUCGACAAUGGUAGGACUCUGGCUCUUAUACCGGCCACCAAGCCCGAAUUGAUGACGCUGCCGGAGCAUUUGAGAGAACGCAUCUUGUAUCCAAUCGGUCUCACGUCCCCAGCUUAUCAACCCAAUUCCGAAGGAUGUGGUGACGACAUAUACCCACAAGUCUGUUUCGAUCUGGACUUGAAGACAACUGAGGGUGCUUCACCAAUCUUGACCUUGCUGAACUCGUCCCUUCGGUCUCAGUAUCAUCGUGCGUUCUGGUUCCAUAACCAACAUUCCAUCAAGAUGAGAUCCGAAAUUUCGCCCACUGAUUUCGAUCAUUUCGAGAAACUACGUCGGUUCCUAUGCAUAGCACCUAUCACCAGUCGUCCCUGGGCUAUGGGUGGUAGAUUCUCUUCCUCUGGUACCAGCACAGAUAACCCCUUGGAGUUCCUUCUACAAUUCCAGCUACAAGACGCCACUACCUUGGGCGAUCUUCGGGUAAAUAUGCUCGACUUCCUAAGGGUAACUUCUGCCUGUGGUCAUUAUCCAUCAUCGAUUACGUUCAGGAUCGCAAACGGCGAUGGAACUACGCAGUCUCAGGCCUCGAUGGAACUGGAUAGAUUCCGAGAGUUUGCCACCAUCGCUCUGACGGAAUUCGACCGAGUAUUUCCUGGAAACCUAUACAAGCUGUGCCCUAACAUCUGGGUCAAUGGCUACGGUAGGAUAGUCCAAGUCGAGCUCGACGGAAAUUCGUUCAAUCCCUGGGAGUUCAUGAGGGACUGGUGGUUCCUAGAUCGUCCGAAUCACGGUCCGAAUGAACGAAUGAAGCUUUGUCAACUCUAUGGGACCAGUACAGGAGACGACGACAUCGACUUCAGUGACUGGUGGUGGUAUGAAGCUUACAGGCCAUCGGAAGAUACGUGCUACGAUGGUACCCUGAGUUGCUAUCUUGGCUACCUCCAGCACGUCUGCCUUCAUGAUCACCCCGCUUACUGGGCUGACUCUUACUUCGCACUGCCUGAGCCUUGA